GGCGCGGUCAACGGCGGUGGCUGAGGAUAUCGCGGGCGGCGGCAGUGGCUGCUAGGACUAGGGGUGUGCGAAGAGUAGCAGCGCGUUUCGGACCGCGCUUGAACUUCACUUUUAUGAAGGUGGUAGCGUCAGUAACUGUUCCGUUAAAAUCAGUCGAAUCCGUGGAGCAGCUACUGGAUGAAUUGUCGAAAGUUUGACAUGUUGGAUUAGACAAGGUUAAAACAAAGCAAACAAAAACAAUUAACAAGUCAAAAACAAUAUAUGAGCAAAUCCCUGCCAGGAGGAAGGGGGGCAAGAAUGGCGUGAAAAAUUAGAGCGUACUCACAGUCGGCGACUGCUCUGCUACAGCGUGAGCGGGAGAGCGAAGGCGCGAGAGCGAGAAGGCACUCACCGUACGGGGAGCGGUCAACUAACACAACCGAUCGGGAGCGGUGGUAAUUGCGAAAAUAAUGCCAUCACAGCGGCCUUUUAUACCGGGUGUCCGGUGGCUAUUUUCACAUUUCAAAGAAUGAUAUAAAAAUAAAUACAAAAGCUUUCUAAAUUAUUUUUAUUCUCAUAGAAAGAACAUUAAUGUGAGUUUAAUUUUUUAAAAAUAAUGUUUUCUAAAUGUCGACCUUCUUGGCGCAACCACUCUUCCCAUUUCACACGCAUAUUUUCAAAAACGCGUUUACAGAGAUCGCUAGAAAUAUUCAAAACUUCGGUCCGAAUAUUUUCUUUCAGUUCAGCAGUGGUGGUCGGUUGGUUUUGGUAAACGAUGCUCUUCAGGGUGCCCCAUAAAAAGAAAUCACAUGGAUCAGCAGGUCUACUCUAAUUCAACGAAAAACGAAAUUUCGAUCGAAAUUUCGCUCAAUUCCUACCAUGGUUCUAUUCGAUUCGAAACUUCGUUGAAACGAAAUUAGUUUGACGUUUAAGUUCUCUAAGCCUACUCUAUUGCACUAAAGUUACGAACGAAAAUUGAAGUUUGACAGAUACUUGUUCGUAAUUUUAACCUCAAAUUGACGAAACCAAAAGUGUUAACUUUUUAUUUUCGUUUUGGUCGAUUUUGUUAAAAAUUUAACUAAAAUGGCUACGAGACAGCUUUUAAUCGCGGCUGCUUUACGUGAAGAACGAUUGGAGCGUAGAAGGAACCGGCGCCGCCUGCGUAAUCAAUUAAAUAUUUCAAAUAUUCCCGAUCUAGAGUUUGUCGGAAAUUACAGACUCAGUCGGGAAUUAUUCGAGGAGUUGUGCCAGGACAUAGUGCCUUUAUUGCCUCCAAAGGGAAGACAACAUGGAAUCGAGCCCACACUUAAAGUAAGUUUAAAUUGUUUAAACACUCCCUUCUCUUUAAUUUUUCAUUUUACUGUUCAUAAGCCUCAAUCUGUGUUAAUGUAUUUCAGAUACUUACUGCUUUGAACUUUUAUGCUCGAGGAAGUUACCAGGGGUCAGUGGGACAAAAUAUGGAUGGGCCCAUGGCACAACAGACAGUGUCCCGUUGUUUACAAGAGGUAACAACUGCACUUAAUGCACCCCACAUACUAAGGAAGCACAUAAGAUUCCCACAAAAUAGGAAUGAAAGGAAUCUUAUUAAGCAGAAAUUUUAUGAUAAAUAUGGGCUACCCGCUGUGGUGGGGUGCAUCGAUUGUUCACAUGUAGCCAUAGUGAGGCCUUCGGAGCACGAGGGACGAUAUUUUAAUCGAAAACAUUUUCAUUCGAUUAAUACUCAAGUUAUAUGUGACAGUGAUUUAUUAAUUACAAAUGUUGAUGCUUCAUAUGGUGGAGCAACUCACGACGCUUAUAUUUGGAGGGAAUGUGAGAUAAGAAACCACUUGGAGGGUCUCCAGGAUGAAACAGUUUAUCUAUUAGGUGAUUCUGGUUAUGCUCUAAGGGAGCAUAUGAUGACACCUGUAGAUAAUGCUGUUGAGAACUCUCCAGAGGGAAGGUACAAUUACCUCCAAAAACGUGUACGCUGCACCAUAGAACGCACAUUUGGUGUAUUGAAGGGUCGAUGGAGAUGUCUUUUGGCAGCUAGGGAACUCCAUUACUGCCCAGAAACAGCAGGUAAAAUUAUAUUAGCCUGCUGUGUUUUACAAACAUGUGUAUAAGGGCUGGUAUUGAAGGUCCCGAGUUGACUGAAGAGGAACACCAAUCGGAGAGAACCAGGCAGGUUCCCUUUGAAACAGCCGCAUCUUCUACUCAAGCUCUACAGGCAGGUCGAAGGGCAAGGAAUUCAUUAAUAUAAAUGUUAGAAAUUAACCGGAGAUAAUCAUCAUCAUCAUCAUAUCAGCCACAUUUAAGCCGUUUAUUUGUGAUUAAGUAACAAUCAAAAUCCAUACUUUCUUAUUUAUAAUAUUAUAGGAUUAGGAAUUAAUAUUACUGAAAUGUAUGGCACUCACUUCUUACCUAAAACAUACACUUCUUAUCUUGUUAUAAUUGUAAGCAAUGCGUUUUUUUUUAAUGUUAACUUUUAUGUCUAAUGAAUUUAGUUAAUAUUGCAUAUUGUACAACAUUAUCUAUUUAGGUAUGAAUUUUCGAGUAGGUACCUAGUAGACAGUGAUUUCUCAACUAGUUGAAAGUUAUUUGCUCUUACCUUUCCGAUGUGUAGAUAAUUAAUUUCAAUACCUGCCCAUUGUAUGUAAACUUUUGUUAAUUUUUGUGAUGUAAAAUUACAUUACCUUAAAGGUCAUUUUACAAAUUUGAUGACUCUGUAUGAAAUAUACAAGGAGAAAAAAAUCAGCCCUUAACGAGUUUCUUGCCGGUUCUUCUCGUUACAAGGUCUCCUGCUUAGGGUUUGAGAACCGAUGGCGUAGCUUCUUUGACAUUCACAAGUGCUUGUAACAGCCUAGAUUAAAAUAUUUUUAGGCAU